AUGAAAGAAACUUUAUCACAUGCACAUGUCGUUGGAAUCCUACCUGUGUAUGCAAUUCCAAUCGCAAUAUCUUGGGUUAACCAGGUGGAUGCAGGAAGGCUCGACAUUGAAAUGCCAGCCAUGCUCAAAGAGCAAAUGGUUAAAGUUUUCUCUGUUAUGAAGAGGUCACUAGCUCGUAGAUUAUGGUUUAUAGUACAACGCGUUGAAGGAUUUUAUAAAGCUGCAUCUUUUGCUAGUCUGCUUGUAUUUCUUUACACCGGAAGGUAUAGGAAUCUUAUUGAGAGAGCUAUAUAAGCAAGACUUGUUUAUGGUAGCCCUUAUAUGAAUCGUGUUGUUAGUUUCAAGUACAUGAAUCGCAAAUUAGUUUGGAAUGAAUUUUCGGAAAUGUUGUUGCUUAUUCCCCUU